UUCUCUUGCCUCGCGAGUUGCGCAUGGAUCUUGCGCUGCCUGCCUGGUAACAGUACGAUACUGAACUAUGGGAAUGCCUGAGAAAUGCUGUACCUGCCUUCACGAGAUCACAGAAGAGUUUUUAUUCCUCAUUCACGCCACAAAAUGAAUCCACGUGUCAUUUUGGCUUCUUUCCAUUUGAUUGCCACCAUUGGUUUUAUUCCAGUGUGUUUGUGUGCCCAGGGGAAAUAUGCAUUCAAGCUGCUGAAUGAUUUAUUUGUGAAUUACACCAGUGCAUUGAGGCCUGUGGAGGACACAGACAACAUCAUUAACGUCACCUUGCAGAUCACUCUCUCCCAGAUUAUUGAUAUGGAUGAAAGAAACCAGAUCCUCACAACAUACUUGUGGAUUCGUCAGGUGUGGUUUGAUGCCUACCUCACCUGGAAUAAGACAGACUACGAUGGGCUUGAUACCAUCCGUAUACCUAGUAGUUAUGUAUGGAGACCCGAUAUUGUCCUAUAUAACAAUGCAGAUGACCAGUUCUCCAGCUCUAUGGAGACCAAUGUGGUGAUCCGCCAUGAUGGCCAGAUUAUGUGGGACCAACCUGCAAUAUCCAAGAGCUCUUGCAAAGUGGAUGUGUCUUUUUUCCCUUUUGAUGCCCAGCAGUGCCGCCUCACCUUUGGCUCUUGGACACACAACGGCAACCAGAUGGACCUUCACAAUGCCUUGGACAGUGCUGAUCUGGCUGACUUUGUGGAGAAUGUAGAGUGGGAGGUUCUGGGAAUGCCUGCUAAGAAGAACGUUAUUCUCUAUGGCUGCUGCUCAGACCCCUAUCCAGAUAUCACCUACACACUUCACCUAAAGAGAAGAGCUUCCUUUUAUAUCUUUAAUCUGCUCAUUCCGUGCAUGAUGAUCUCCUUCUUGGCUCCGCUUGGCUUCUACCUGCCAGCCGACUCUGGAGAGAAAGUGUCUUUAGGGGUCACAGUGUUACUAGCCCUUACCGUCUUCCAGCUUCUGGUCGCGGAGAGCAUGCCUCCUUCAGAGAAUGUGCCACUCAUUGGGAAAUAUUACAUUGCCACAAUGACCAUGGUUACAGCUUCUACAGCCCUGACCAUCUUCAUUAUGAACAUUCACCAUUGUGGACCAGAGGCCCAACCUGUUCCUACAUGGGCACGCCGCUUUAUCCUGCACUACCUGGCUCGGAUUUGCUUCGUCUAUGACAUGGGAGAGGGCUGCCUGUCUGUGCACACAGACAAACCUGCUCAAAAGGGAAACAACUGCACUAUAAUCGGCCAGGCCGGGGGUGAGGACUUCACUCUGAGGGUACGAGGCAUUUCAGCCAGUGACGGUUGUUCACAAAAGAUAAAAGAUAAAUUAAAUGAGGAUGUCAGUCAGUGUUUAUGCCAUCAGCAAAACCUCUUGAGGAAUAUUGAGUACAUCGCUAACUUUUAUCAUGAGCAGAAGGCCACACAGAGACGAAACGGGGAGUGGCGGAAAGUUGCCAAAGUCAUGGAUCGCUUCUUUAUGUGGAUAUUUUUCAUCAUGGUCUUCCUGAUGAGUUUGCUUAUUAUAGGGAAAGCUGUCUGAAUGCUUGAUAUGAAAGACAUCAGGGGCCUCAUGCAUUCUGUAAAUGUCUGUGCAGUUAGCAUACUAAUGAAUGGAAAGAUUUGCGAAUGCAAAAAUUGAAAUAAAAAGACAAAAUACGUCAUCAACACUGAUGGAACUCCCUUGUGAAAAAGAAGUGUGCCUAAUUGUAUUGAAUGUGCACUAGUAUCCUACUUCAGAUCUUAAAGGUUUA